AUGGCUACCUCCAGCGAUGAGCUAGCUGGAAAACUCGGCGCUAUGAGUAUAGCGGGAGAUGAAGAUCGGAAGCAUGUUGAUGGAAAUGUCCCCUUGGUAGAUAGCUACAUCGAUGUACCAGAGGGAGAUUCCUGGGACUCUGUUCAACAUGCCACUGAAGGUGUAUAUGAACGUAUACAGAACGCCAGCGUGGAGUGUUCCAAAAUGAUCGCAUUUUCCGACGAGCAAUCCUUCAUCCAGCUUUUUCUCCGAUUCUUCAAGGGAGAUAUCGAAAAAAUCAUCCAGAAGAGUUUUCACGACGCUAGAGCCAGGGCAUUAUCAUGGAAGGUUGCAGAGAAAUGCUACAAAGAAGCUAUGAGCCCUUCGGGUAUUCUCAACGUUGGUCGCUACUUCAACGAUUCCAAGAACUCCCAAUCAAGACGGCGGGUUGACUCCAUUUCUGGGAACCAACAUCAUGUUUUUGAUAACGAAGGAGAACGACAAUGGAUAGAAUUUUGGGUCACAGUUCUGAACCUCUCAACUGGAGGACCUACACUGUUUUAUCCCCGAACGAGUGAAGAUAUCGAUCUCAGCAACCCAGACACCAUUCCGCCGUACCUGUUUCGAGUUUUUGACAAGAAAAGCUCCGGAAAGAACAACAAAAAAGUUAUGGCAUCUUCGGGAUAUACUUCUCAAGUGCAAUCAAGUGGUGUCAAUGACUUGCUGAGCAUGGAGGACUCGGAAGCAACAAAGUUACUUUAUUACCAUAUUGGUAAAAAGAGAACUCGCACAAAUGAUCACCAAGACUGCUUGCUGUCUUGGACUAGCUCACUGCUUUAUGCUGUCCAAUAUGCAACAUAUAGACAGCAUCGCCUGGACCUCUCUUAUACUGACAUCGAGAUAUGUAUGGUAAAAACUAGUCAGUUUCUGCAAGGACAAUUUGUCCGGGACAUUGAGCUGCUCAAUAAAUACUACCCUAAUGCAGAGUAUUUAGGCGGAAAAAUACGAGGACUCUUCGACCUCCGUCUGAAUCGGCAAGAAUACUACAAUGGCGAGUACUUCUCACAGGGAGUAGUGAACCAUUCAGGUCGAUCCUGCGUGGUUUCUCUGGAGCAACUGGAAGUUGCCGGGAUCUUCAAAUUGUAUCCAGAACUGAAGGACCCUAGAGACUCUGGUGGUCGUAUUCUAAAUGCAAACCGAGUUUGCGAUCUACGGGAAAAAUGGUCCUUGCAGCGAACAACAACCAACGAGGAAAUCUCAUGUGCGUUUCGAAUCGCACAGUGCUUCGAUGGCUUUGACAAAAGGAAAAUAGCUUGCAUUCUGUUAGCUUUCAAGUGCCGCGGACUGUCAGACAAAAUCAAGCUUGACACCAAUCGUGCUCCAUCGUGGGCCGAAAAGCCAGUUGAAGUCAGUCGGUAUUGGCAGGCAUUGGAGAUACUGAGUCAUUUGGAAGAAGAUCCAGGGCGUAUGACGUAUCUGCCAAGAGAUAUCUACAAGGUUACAAGGCUUAUUUGA